AUGAACGGAAGGCGAGCUGAAGUGAAGGAUUACCGGACCUCUGACGAACAUGAAGGCUCUAUCGCGUUCCUGAUUCUCCAAAGCGCACAAGAGCAUAACCUGGACCCCUACCUUGGAGCGCAUGCUGAGCGCAUAUUGACGACGCGGCUCAGCCAAGGACACCGAUACUCGAUCGCAACGCCCCAAAAUCGACAUUCGCUUUUACAGCAACAACAAGGUGCAACCGUCGACGCCAUGACCGAGAGACACGGACAGACAGCGGGUCUGCGUUUUAGCGCGCCUGGAACGCACCGACGACACCUCAAGCACACCCUCGGCGCAGCGAACUAG